GAUGGAUCGGUAUGGUGCAAUGCAACAUUCGAUACGGUACUAUGCUGGGCAGCAACUCCUGCUAAUACGAGUAUCACGGUACCCUGUCCACCACUCAAAGGACUCGAUCCUGAGAGUUUAAAACAUCACAAAAUGGUGCCACAGUUCGGGUCGCUGGAUGGGCCGGACACCUGA